CCUAUCACUCGGGCUCAACGUGUCGCUGACGAAAACACGUUCGACGCGCUCAACGUCGUACCGUGCAGUACUGUGUCGUUGGAGUUGGAUGUGCGCGUGGACGUGUCGCAGGCCGACGAGCGGGUGCGAGGGAUCUCGACCAGGGCCACUGCCCCAAUUAACGUGAUCUCGCCGGCGACUUCCGGAGGGCACCGCUCCUCUCAGGAACGCGUCGCAGGGUCGCUCUUAACGUUGACAGAUUAAAUUAUCGUUAUUAAAUAAUCGAGUGACGCGUAUCUCUCCCGGUCUCGCCGCUUUCACGCCGUCCGAAGAUUCGGUGAUUUGACUUCCUCUCACACCACCGGAAUAUGAAAUGGCAAGAAUCGUGGCAUGCGUCGUGUUGAUUUGCCUGAGUGCGUGUUGUAGUAUUUUAAAUGCGGAUGAGGACAGCAGUGUCAAUGAAGCGUUACAGAAGCCGGCUUACAAAAGUCCAGAACCUUCCGAUUUCGUUUACUUAGCGGAGCACUUUGACAGCGAGGAGAGAUUUACGAAUUCAUGGGUGUUGUCGGAAGCGAAGAAGGACGAUAUCGACGAGGAUAUUGCUAAAUAUGAUGGAAUUUGGUCUAUUGAGGAACCUAAGAAACACGGUGAAGAUGGAGAUCUAGGAUUAGUGCUUAAGAGCAAAGCUAGACAUGCUGCCGUUUCUACUUUAUUAACUAAACCAUUUUACUUUGAAGACAAGCCCUUGGUUGUACAGUAUGAAGUUAAUUUUCAAGAGGGACAGGAAUGUGGUGGUGCCUACCUUAAGUUGCUCACGUUAGAUGAUAAAUAUGGAGACUUGAAACAGUUUCAAGAUAAAACACCGUAUACAAUAAUGUUUGGGCCUGAUAAAUGUGGACAGGAUCAUAAGCUUCAUUUUAUAUUUCGACAUAAAAAUCCACUGAACGGUACAAUUACAGAGAAACACUGUAAGAAAUCAAAGGAUCGACUAGAAGACUAUUUCAAGGAUAAGAACCCACAUUUGUAUACUCUGAUCGUACGGCCUGAUAAUACUUAUGUAAUCAAAGUAGAUAAUAAGCUCCACAAUACAGGCUCGUUAUUGGAUGAUUUUGCACCUCCUGUAAAUCCACCUUUAGAAAUAGAAGAUCCCGACGAUAAACAACCUGAGGAUUGGGAUGAUCGAGAAAAGAUUCCCGAUCCAUUGGCGGAAAAGCCUGAUGACUGGGAUGAAGAUGCUCCGGCGCAAAUAGUCGAUGAGGAGGAUGUUAUGCCAGAGGGAUGGCUCGAGGACGAGCCGCCCAUGAUACCAAAUCCAGAUUCGGUUAAGCCCGAUGACUGGGACGUCGAGAUGGAUGGAGAAUGGGAGGCUCCGGAAGUACCAAAUCCGAAAUGCGCAGAUGUUCCUGGUUGCGGACCGUAUAAGCAAAAAAUGAAGAAGAAUCCACGAUAUAAAGGAAAGUGGUUGGCGCCGCUGGUUAACAAUCCUAAUUACAAGGGAAAAUGGAAGCCUAGACUUGUACACAAUCCUGAUUAUUUUAAUGAUGAGCAUCCGUUCAAAAUGUUACCAAUUAACGCUAUUGGUUUUGAGCUGUGGUCAAUGUCUCCAGACAUAUAUUUCGACAAUAUAAUUAUAACAGAUGAUGAGAAAAUUGCGAAGAAAUGGUCAGAUGAUUCCUUUGAAAUUCGACGUAUUAAAAUUGCUAAGGAAAACUCGAGCAUAUGGAAUCGGAUCGCAAUAUUUACCGCGGAUCAUCCAUGGAUAUGGGCAGUAUAUAUAUUGCUAACUGCAAUACCAGUAGUAUUGCUAAUGUAUUUUUGCUGCUUUUCUGAGGACAAAACAGAUUUUAAAGAUGAAGAUGAAAGGCCUUUAGGAAUGGCCGAUGAUUUUGAUGAGGCUGUAGAAAAUGAAAAUUUAGAAUCUUUGAAUAUUGAUCUUGCUGAGCAAAAACCUAUUAUAGAAGAAAUAGAUGCAGAGAAAGAGACUGGAACAGAGGAAGUAAUAGAAAGUGAUAAGGAAACACCACUGAUCAGUGGUGAAGGACCACGACGAAGAAAACCAAAUAAAGAAUAGGAAAAAAAUAAUUAUAAAAAAAUUUAAUAAGAAUAUUAUUGCGUUAAGAUAUUUAUGUAAAUUAUCACAUUCCACAUUACACUUGCCACUGUGGAUAGUAGGGUUACCAGUCAUUAGCAAAUUCAGUCACUGCAAUGUGAUCGAUAUUUAAUUAUUCGUCUAAGAAUAUUGACAUUUGAUAUCGUAUAUGAAAUCUUAUUAAUAUAUUUGAGAAAAAACUGUUUUCGAAUUAAACAUAUGCUUUUGUGUAAUGAGUGAUGUAUGAUAUAUCCGUACUACGAAAAUUUGCAAUGGAGUGUUUUUCUUUAAAAUGGACAAUGCCUUAAUAAUAUAGUGUUUAUGUGUUUUUUAGCUAUAACAUCGUGAAAUGUUGCGGCAUUAAAGAAUAAUGUCUUAUUCAGUUUGUAUAUUUAAUGUUACAAUUGGACAAAUUAAUAAGAUAGUAAAGACGUCAAAGAAUUGUGAAUAUAUGUGAAUGCAUGCUAUAUAUGAAUUACGUCCUAAUGUAACUUAUAUCGAAUUUAAUACAAUUCAACGAUUUCUAUAUUCUUCAACUGCUAUGGCAAAGCCCACUUUGAUUGCAAAAGCAAACAAAUUUAUAAGCAUUUAUCUACAGAAUGUGCAAGUCAGCUUGUGUUCUCGUUAUCUUUUAAUCAGUAUAUGCGUAUAUAUAAUUUUUUCCUAAUAAUUAUAAGAGGAAUACAAUUGACGAUUUUUCAAAGUCAAUGACGUAAGACAUAAUGGCAUUUAUCAAGCGUUGUAUACCAUAGUAGUUGAUAGUUAAUGAUCUGUUAUUAUAUUAUUUGAUGUAAUAUUCGCAAACUUUAAUGUGUUAACGAAUUAUUUAAGUUAGAAAUAAGUCCGCAUGGUACAUAUUGUAAUCAGGUACUACGUUGUUUGUAUUAAUCGAUUAUCCGAACGAAAUAAAAUUUAAAGAAAUAUA